GAUUCCCGCGCUUUGUAAAGGCCGUCAAAGCCUUCAAAAAAAUAUUAAGAAUUUGUUUCUCACUAAAAGAAAAAUAUGAAUUGGUACUGUAUAUUUUUACUGAUUUAUUUGUCAACGCAGAUGGUGGCGGGACAACAUUGCUAUAAGCCAAGGAGGUUGCGCCACCGCAAUGCGCGUCAUAUGCUUCAAAACUUUUAUGCAGAACUCCAACCCGGUGAAGGAGGCGGCAGUUCCGAUUCUGGUAGUGAAGACUGCAAGAAGCCUGGAGUUUCCUCAGGCAAUCCCAAACAGAAAGCCACCAACAUUGCGCAGAAAGCAGCCAAGGAGGCUAAAGCCGCCUCGGACGCCCAACAGGCGGCUGGUGAAGCAGCCUCACAACAAGUGAAGGCACAGCUGGCCGAAAAGGCAGUUGCCGCCGCAAAGGCAGCUGAGGCAGCGCUUGCUGGCAAGCAACAAAUCGUACAACAAUUGCAGCAGGAAGUGCGCGAAGCUGAGGCUGUGGUGCAGGAGCAAAGUAGCUCAUUGCAGAAUGCCCAACAGAAUGUGAAUGCCGCUAUGCAAGCCGCACAAAAUGCUGCUCAACAAUUGAAGACCCUAACAAAGGCGGUGAGUAUGGCUCAAAUUAAUGUGGGCAAUGCGGAACAGGCCGCACAAGGUGCACAACAGGAUAUGUCCGAGAAAACCCAACUCAUGGAGGCUGCAAAGAGUCGUGUGGAACAAUUGUUGCGUCAAUUGACUGCGGCACGCGAUGAUUACGCGAAAACGAAAGAUGCCGCUAUGAAAGCAGCAGCCGCAGCACACGAAGCCAAACAAAAUGCAAACCCUUCGAAUCGUUGUGCACGCCAGUCAUCAAAAGGACGCUUGAUGGCAAAACGCCAUCAGAGAUUAGUACAGCGACAGCGUCUCUAGGGAUCAGCAAUCCUGAUUUAUUGAUUGAUUGAUUUAUAUUUUACGAGAUUUACAUUUUAGUUUAAUCAAGUUUUAUAUUUUUUUUAAUAUUAAAUACAUAUAUGUCUGUGCAUAUGUAUGUACUCGUAUGUACACAUAUUGA